GUAGUCGAGGAUCCUGCAUCAGUCUCCUUUGAACAAGCACUGCGCAGCGACGAGGAGAGGCAACGGUUUCAUUGUUCCACACUCUGGACUCAUAUUUCAGCUUAAAGUAUCUCUGUACUUCAUAUUAACGCAGAAGAAAAAUCGCUCGUAUGUUUGGGAAAGAAAUACAGCUUUUCGGCGACAUAUUGAAGGUAAUCAGCAUUUACAUUGUCGGCGUUCUUUCCAACGUGCUGGAAGAAACCCGUAAAUUCGGCGGCUAUGACUGGGCUAAUUUAAUUCAGAAUGGUCGCACAGCUAAACAACCGAGUGUUGCACCUUUCCGUUUUUCAUGUGCUACUCUUCCACCUUUCUGGUUCAGUACAACGUAAUAUUCGUUACUCAAUUCCAGAAGAGCUAGAGGUUGGUGCCUUUGUUGGUGAUGUUGCCCGGGAUCUCGGGUUGGAGAUUAAGCAGCUUUCGCAGCGCAGAUUUAGAGUUGCAUCAGAAAAGCAAAUACAGCACCUAGCCGUGAGCCUGAGGACGGGAGAAAUAUUUAUCAAUGAAAAAAUAGACAGAGAAGAGCUUUGUGGACAAAGUUUCAGUUGCGUGUUGAUGUUAGAGGCCAUAAUCGAGGGCCCGCUUGAGAUAUAUCGCAUUGAAGUUGAGAUACUCGACAUAAACGACAAUGCGCCCCUAUUUCAGAGAGAGGAAAUUAACAAAGCAAUAUCUGAAGUGGCGCUGGUCGGGACGAUUAUUCCACUCCCGAGUGCGAUGGACGCAGACGCUGGAAUAAAUGGUGUUCAUUCCUAUCAGCUACAUCCAAGCGCGCAUUUCAGUUUAAAACUGCAAUCAGAUGGUGAACAGAGUCUUAUCCCAGAAUUGGUACUGGAACGACCACUAGAUCGCGAGCAGCAAACAACACAUCGAUUAACAUUGACGGCCACUGAUGGCGGGAACCCGAAAAAAAUCGGAACUACCCAAAUUAUUAUUACAGUGCUUGAUGUGAACGACAAUGCUCCGGUCUGCAAGCAAAGCAUUUAUCAAAUCACAACCCCAGAAAAUGUGCCUAAAGAUUCCUUGAUAGUGCAGGUAACAGCCGAGGAUUUGGACGAAGGCCUAAACGGCGAGGUAAUAUAUUCCUUCAGUGAUCACACUCCUGAUAGAGUACGCGAAUUGUUUAGUUUGGACCCAGCAAGCGGGGAGAUCAGGGUAAUUGGUGCUGUGGAUUUCGAAGAAGCAAAUAACUAUCAGAUUUUGGUACAAGCUGAAAACAGAGGCACUCAGCAAACACCAGUAUACUGUAAAGUUAUAUUAAAGAUUAGCGAUGUUAAUGAUAACUGGCCUGAAAUAAUAACAACGUCCACCUUCAUCACAAUACCAGAAAAUAUUGUUGCGAAUACGGCAGUGUCUCUUAUAAGAGUUAGGGACCGAGAUUAUGAAAACUCACCCUUUGUUUCUUGCAGCAUCCCCGGAGAUAUCCCUUUCAAUCUGAAUGGUUCUUUUAAUAAUUACUUCACGUUAAUUACCCGUGGUAACAUAGAUCGUGAAAAGGUGCCGGAGUAUAAUGUUACUAUUACAUGCACAGAUAGUGGCUCGCCUCCACUUUCGACCAAGAAAUUAAUCCGAGUUCAAAUUGCGGAUAUAAAUGACAACGCCCCACAAUUUACGCAGCCUUCUUUUACGGUGCACGUAACAGAAAAUAAUGUUAUUGGUUCUUCAAUUGGUUCUGUGCCAGCAUUUGAUCCCGAUUCUAAUCAGAAUGCUCAAUUGUCGUACUCCAUUUUGGAUAGCCUGAUAAACGGGUUGCCGUCAUCCACUUUCGUCUCAAUAAACCCGACCAGUGGGGCGCUGUUCUCUCGUACGUCGUUUGACUAUGAACAAACAAAAACCUUUACAUUCCAUGUGCAAGUAAAGGAUGCAGGGAUCCCGACGCUCAGCAGCAACGCCACAGUGAAAGUGGUCAUCAUAGAUCAGAAUGACAAUGCUCCAGUGAUCAUAUCGCCUUUAUCUGCAGUUGAUGAUUCCAUACCAAGAUCUGCAGACUCAGGUUACUUGGUUUCAAAAGUCACGGCCACUGAUGCCGAUUCUGGGCGGAACGCCCAGCUUUCUUAUGAGCUCCGUCGCCCUACGGAUGAAAGCCUGUUUACUGUAGCUCCAAAAACGGGCGAGAUUUGGACAAUUCGCCGCUUUGUACACAAAGAUUCACUCAAGCAGAAAAUCUUGAUUGUCGUGAAGGAUAAAGGAACUCCGUCCCUUUCGUCCACCGUCACGAUUAAUGUAUCAGUACAGGACGAUUUGGCAGAAAAUUCAUCUAAUGAAAGCUUGUUUGGGACAAUUGGGCCAUGGAAAACUGACGUAAAACAAUAUCUAAUGAUUUUGUUUGGCACAACAUCAUUUAUUUUAUUUGUGGCAAUUGUAAUCCUCGGCAUUAAGGUACAUAGAAGUGGAAAUUAUUCUGGCAGUCAUUGUUGCGUUGGAGACACGUCAUAUUUUCCGCGGAGGAGGAAUUCGCCCCAUGGAGUUCAAAAGGCCAGCGCGAAUCUUCAAAUGCCGCCCAGUUACAGGGAGGCGCGUGAUAAUGAAAAUCACCCACAAGAUUUCAUUGAUGAGGUGACACCAAAUGAAGCCGUGAGUCAUCUUAUGCUUGUAAAGCUGCAUGAAUCGGCCGCACUCACGAAUAAUAUCAAGAAUGGCGCGAGUGUGUCUGCAGAACAUGGAAAGACAUCAUACACUUUGAACAUGGAUAAAACAGGAUUUUACGAGAUCUGCGGUAACCGUCAGUGGGAUUUGGAGCAAUCUUCCAUGGAAAUGUACCCUUCUGGACAGUAUAAUUUGGGUGAAAAUGAAGUGGAACCGGAUCACAGAAGGUUUAUGGAAAUACAUUCCCACGCCUUAUAGAAUGCACGAAUAGAUGGAAAUGAUUUUGUCUCUUAAUUGCGGCGAGCAGUUUGCAUAGAUGUUGCCUGUUCUCCGUUAUAUUUACUCAAGUGGCUAUCUCAUUGUGCAUGAUUACGCUUCAUGUCUAAUACGGUUGUAACUGCAAGUCUUCGUAAUGAGCCAAAUCGAUUUGCGGCAGUAUUCUGCUGACCACACAUCGUCUCAUGGGCAUUUAUCGCAACAUACGUCUCCAAAACAGAACCUAUUCUGCGAUUAGGUGUUUUAAAUGGUAGACUUGCAAUCAGCAAAUACUCUUCACGGCCGUAUGCUGUUGUAAUAUGUAUUUUCGGACAUUGGAAGGACUUCGAGAGAAAUUGUUGCUGGUCCAUCGAUAGCCAAUACAAUUCCAAUGAUCAAAGACCGAAUUUGCAUUUAGAGAAAUGGAAGCUAUAUUCCGGUGGAGUCUUCACUUUCCCGUUCACUUCGCAACAAUCAAGAAGUGGAUUGGUUGAAUAAAGCUUAAUUAAGACAAUGACAGGACAGGAACCAUUGAACGAUUCUGCUCAAAGAAACAGAAUAUCACAACAGACAUCAUUUUAGAAUGCGAUUAAAAUUGCAAGCGAAGACAUGAAGGACUGCAGAAAUGAUUAUUUUUCACCGUGUUAGAGACUACAGUUGAUGGCAUUGACCUGCUUCUGCAUUGAAAUUCGAUUCUCGCUUACUUCUUUAGCAUUUCCAAUGUGUUGUUGUGUCCGUAAAUCAUCACGUGCUAUGUUAUAUUUCUCAAUAUCACGAAAAUGUUUAGGAGUCCUUUGUAGCGAAAAGUACCGCUCUUAGUGUUCUGAAGAAUGUCUUGUUGUUCCCAAAAUUAAUUAACCUAAAUAAAAAUAACUGGUCGAA